AUGACGAUAUUGGAAUCUUGCUGGUCACCAUGUAUUUGGUCAUCAAAUGUGAAGACAGGGAGCAAAGCAGUGGCAGCGUAUACUGUGGCAAUGAGUAUAGUGCUAAUUACAUUUAUUGCAUAUCAAAUGAAUGGUGGAGAUUCUACCCAGUUAUGGAACCCACUAUUUGAAGCUGAUGUGAGAGGAUCCCUUCAGGUAUUUGGGAUAAUCUUCAUUGUGAUCUUGGGUACCUUCGUUAUAUCUUCAGUUUUAAUGGUUAUAGGAAUUAAUAUAUGGAUGAGAGGAUUGAUGUUGCCAUGGCUUAUCACUAUGGGAAUAAUAAUUUUAUUCCAGUUUAUCUUUAGUUUAUGGUUACUUGGAGGAUAUUAUAUUUAUCUUGAUGCGACAUUUGCUGCAAUGUUGAAUUUCCUAUGGAUGGGAUAUAAUAUCUACUGCUGGUUAUGUGUUCUAUCACAGUAUAUAAUAAUAUUGGAAAUGCAGUCACCAAAUAUUGAAAUAUUGAUUGAAUAU